UAAUAGCAAAAUAGACUUUUCAUAACAUUUCGAUCUGUUUGUGAGUUUUGGUUUUGAUGUUGCUUUCUUUAUUCGAAUUAUAGGUGAGGAAACUGGAUCAGUUGCUGCAAUUUAUGGUUUGGGAUAGGAUCAGUAACCACUGGUUACUGACCUAUCAGUAAGCACUAUACCAUAUGGUAUUGGGUGGUAACGAAAUAUAUUUUGGUAUUACCACUCUAUACCAUAUGGUAUUGGGUGGUAACGAAAUAUGUAUUGAUAUUACCAUACUAUACCAUAUGGUAUUGGGUGGUAACGAAAUAUAUUUUGGUAUUACCACUCUAUACCAUAUGGUAUUGGGUGGUAACGAAAUAUAUAUUGAUAUUACCACACUAUACCAUAUGGUAUUGGGUGGUAACGAAAUAUAUUUUGGUAUUACCACUCUAUACCAUAUGGUAUUGGGUGGUAACGAAAUAUAUAUUGAUAUUACCACACUAUACCAUAUGGUAUUGGGUGGUAACGAAAUAUAUAUUGAUAUUACCACACUAUACCAUAUGGUAGUAACGAAAUAUAUAUUCAUGUGGCAAAAAUUUCCAUACCAUAUGGUAUGCUCUUAUUUAAUACCAAUCAAUACCAUAUGGUACAGUCAAAUACCAUAUGGUAUAACUGGUAAUAACUGACAAAUUUUUUUGUGUCCAAAAAAUAUCAAAGUGGAUAUCAUUUUAAAGAGCACAAUUAAUCUGAUCUAACUGUGCAAAAAAAUUAAAUUUCGACUUAAAACGAGUGAGAAAUCGUCCGUUAAAGAUUAAGGGAAGGAAAAUUAAAUGUUUUGCAAGGAGAGAGAAGGAGGCGCUGAUGUGGUACGCUCAAAAGUCAUCCUCAGCAAUAAAUAGGAGAAAGUACAAUUUUACUGUACUGCCCUUUUCACAUUUAAUUUAAAUAAAAAAGUGACUGACACGUGGGGACCAUGGAAGGGGUUACUGAUGGGUUACUCACCCAUCAGUUACUGACCUGAUCUGGACCCGCAAUUUAUGAAUUGCUUUUCAUGCAAUUUUGGAAACCGUAUUCUUCCUUCAGGGCCAAAGAUUGUGACUGACUAAGUGAUUGCAAGGUAAAAAGUUGGUCAAAUUUUUUAUAUUAAGCUAGAUCCAUAUAAUCGAUAGAGGAAUAAAGUACUUAAGAAGCCAAACAAGGUUACAUGCAGCUUCUUGUGGAUUUUGUUUUCUUGUUUCUCUUUUGGGUUGAAAUUGUGAUAUUUAAUAUGAGAACCAGAAGUAUAAAGUUUAGAUGUUUGAUGCAGAAUCCAGAUAACCGAACCCAGAUAAGGUUCUGCAGAUGUUUGCUCCUUUGAUGUGAAUUAGAAAAUGACGUAUUACAGGUUAAUAUAUUAAACCUUGAAAGAAAGUAUGAUCAUUUAGGCAAUUUGGGUCCAUAAGGACUUGAUGCGUUAGUGGCCUUUUUUUUUUUUUUUAUUUGUAUCCGUUCAGGCAUUCUGAUCUCUGUCUUUUCAAUUCUCAUUUGAUUUGUUAAAUAUGUUGCAGCUUGCAGGUUAUUUUCAGCAUGGGGAUGUUAAGAAGAUUUGGUUUGUGAAGGAAGUACUUAGCACUCGGGAGCACUUUCAAGAAGUAUCCAUCAACCAUUUCUUUUUCUUUUAGAUGGAUUUGUUGAUAUUCAAUGCAUGUAUAUGAUUAUGAUUGACUAAUAGAUUACUUUUGCUCUUGAUAUUAAAUAAUACCACGUCAUGGUACCAGUUAGAUAUGGCCAAUUACUAAUGGGGUGUAAGAUUCAAUCCCAUUUAUUCAUGAAAAAAGGUCAAAUUUCUCGCGGUGAUACAUCGCCUCUCUAUGAUUAGACAAAAUCAUGUGACCGAAGAUUCCAUUAGUCACGAGAAAUCCUAUUGUUGUUUCAUUAUUUUGUCACGGUAAUUUUCCCGUGUUUAAAUAUUAGUCAUGGGAAAUACAGUGACAAAAUAGAUCUUAUGUCACGGGGUUUUUCCGUUAUUGUACUCUUACCUAUUACGGGAUUUCCCGUCAUAUUUAACCUUUGAUCACGGACAUGUUUGACACGGGAAUAUACCGUGACAAAAGCUUUCCAUCACGGGAAUUUGAUUUUCAGUCACGGAAAUCCCAUGAUCGAAAGUGAUUUUUACUGUAGUGAGCAUAGGGUGGUUGUAUGGUUGAUUAUACUGAACAUAAUAACCACAGGAGAUAAAUUGAAUGCUUGGGGCAAGAUAAAUGAUGUAUCAUGUGUCGUGUUGUAGAGCAAAGUAGAAAUCUCCUCUUUAGCCACUGGGAGUAUGCUAGAUAGUUCUUUUCUGCAGUUUUUGGGACUAUGGUUCAACCUUGGCCUUGCACAUGGGAGCACACUUUGAAGGAAGCCAGUGAUGUUAGAGUUUACCGUGCAUGCACUUUUGUGUUGGUAUGUAAGCUUGCUCCGGAGGAAAAGAUGUAACAUUUUUUGGAGGGCAAAAUCCAAAUUGGUUUCCAUUGUUUUGUCGCUUUAAAGAGGAGUUAUUACUAGUUGCCUUGAGGUUGACUACGAUGUAGUCACUUUUUAUAUAUAAAGGUUGUUUUGUCCCCGUAACUUGCAAGUUGCAAGUCACCGUAACUUGGACAUAACGAUCGACCUCUUUUCUGAUAUGGUCGACCUAUUUGGAAAAAACGGUCGACCUCUUCAUUGAUAUAAUCUACCUAUUUGGACAAAAUGGUCGAGCUCAUUGUUGGAAUGGUCGACAAAUUGUACUAUUUUCCGUUUUGCUAUGCUAAACAAACGGCCGACCUCUUCCACUAAAAUGUCGUCCACUAUACAACAAAUGGUCUACCACUACCAUCAAGUGGUCUACCUCUUUCCCCAAGCACACCACCGCUUUCAAUAACAGGUCCAAGUAAUGAACCACUGCUAGUGAUAUUGUCACAUAAAAUUAGAGUCCAAUAAUAAUCAUAGUUAGUAAAAUACGGUACGAGAAAGUUAUAAAUAAAAUACGUACGGGUAUUUUACAUCGUCUUUAAGCUAAUGUUAUGUUUAAUAGUACGUUAAUAUUCAUAAACAUAUAAAUUAAAUUAUUUAAAAAAUAAAUAAAUAUGUAAAUAAUAGUAAAAUUAGCAAUUUAAUUCAUUAAAUACGGAUAUUAAACGUGAUAUACGGGUUUUAUACGUGUUUAGUACGAGAGACAUAAAAUGAACGGAAAAAAAUGAAACGACUUGACAACAAUAUGGAUACGAAAGUUUUAGACUAAUAAAAUACGUAUGGGUACAUAUACGUGUAUUAAACCGAGUAUUUACUAACUAUGAUAAUAAAUGAUAUGCUUACUAGUAAGAGAUUUAGAAUUAGUACAAAGGUUGCAAGCAAAGAUGACAAGUUUCUAAAGUGAUCUCUCACGUAGAUUUGAAAAAUGUUUCCCAUAUUUAUUUCUUAUAUUUGACUUACUCUAUAGAGACUUUCAUAUUUCCUUCAAAGUCUAUGUUUUCUUGUUUCUAUCCUAUAGUUAUCUUGUGAUGGAUCAACUUUAUUGUUAUUGUUGUUAUAAAGAUACUCAAAAAGUAGAGUGUAUUUGUUAUAUAAUUGAGUCAUCUUUAAUGUUCAUAAAUCUCGUAUCAUCACUUUUGUGCAUUUUUAUUUCAGAAGAGUUGAAAGAGGGUAUUUCUUUUUGUCUUGACCUAUAAUCUGCGUAGAGAUUUGGUUGCCACAGGUGAUAGGAUGUUGUGUUACUACAAAACAAUUUUAUAUUGUUGGCUUCCUUUUGUCCAUUAUUUUCAUAAUGUAAGUAUAAGGUAACUGUGUCAUCUGUUCGACCAUUCGCCGAAAGCGGAGAUCAUUCACUGAAAGAGGUACGUAAACCAUUUUGCAUAUUCGGUAGGCUGUUGGCGAAAAUGGUCUACCUCCUCCAACAAGUAGGUGUAAGUUGAAGGUAAGCGUGUCACAGGUCGACCCAUUGCCAGAACCGGUAGACUGGUUGCCUCAAAUGGUAGACCGCUUGAUGGAAGUGGUAAACCAUUUUCAUGGAAAGUGGUCAAGCACUUGGUGAAAGAAGUCGACCACUUAAAGGUAAUUGUGUCAUCAAGUCGACCCAUUUCCAACAAGUAGGUGUAAGUUGAAGGUAAGCGUGUCACAGGUGAACCCAUAGCCAGAACCGGUAGACUGGUUGCCUCAAGUGGUAGACCGCUUGAUGGAAGUGGUAAACCAUUUUCAUGGAAAGUGGUCAAGCACUUGGUGAAAGAAGUUGACCACUUAAAGGUAAUUGUGUCAUCAAGUCGACCCAUUUCUAGAAGCAGUAGACUGGUUGACUCAAGUGGUCGACCACUUGGAAUGUAACUGUGUCAUUCAUUAGGUAGACCCAUUUCCGGAAGUGGUAGACCGAUAGACUCAAGUGGUAAUGACUAGGGGUGGACAUCGGGACGGGAUUGGGUACCCGUCCCGUUUGAAAAGGGUACCUAAUCCCAUUAGGAGAAUAAACUCCAUACCAUGUCCUAAGCCCGUACGAUAUAGAUUUGGGUGGUUUUUUGUUAUUUGGGAUUCCAUCCCCUUUCAGUUCAUGAGUGCUCGUCUUUCCCACAAUUGGACAUUUUAUCCCACACGAUUUCUGCAUAGAUGGCACGAAUUGUUAACGGGCUGUAGAGUGUAGACAUUCAGUUUUCAAUUAAUUAAGAAGACCUCGCAGCUGGUGAGGGAGAUUGGGAGGCAGGUCUGUAGAUAUUUUUCAUGCAAUUCCAAUUCCUAUUUGUCUCUCUCUUUUAAUUUUUCUACCCUUGCGUUGCAAGGUUUCCAGUAAGCUGAUCAAUGGCUAAUUACUUUCUUUAUUUGUCUUCCCUUAACUUUACAUAUGCACAGAAGCUCAAGUGCUAUCAAAGGAAUCAAGUUUUUUCAAAUAUAUGUAGUUAUCAAUUUUUUUAGUAAACGUCUAUGCGCUUCAUUGGAUGAUCAAUCAUUGAUAAUGAGCUAUGUUAGACUAUUGCAGUAUUGUAUUUGUAUAGUGAAUAAAUCGUAAUGGGUAUUACGGGUACCCAUACUAUCCAAACGGGUAUUAGCGGGUAACCCGCGGGUACCCAAUGUAGAAAUUCUUAAUCUCAAGUCCCAUCCCAUAAUAAAUUUUACGGGUAUUUGGGUACCCGUAACCCUCAAAAAACGGGAUGGGUAUGGGUAUACCCAAAUACCCGUUUCCCGUUUUCCACCCCUAAGACCAUUUGACGGAAGAGUUCAGUCAUUUUCUUGAAAACUUAUGAUGUUGUAGUUAUUGCCUAUGUUUGGCCCGGCUUUUAGAAGUGCUUUUCGGCUUCAAAAGUUGAAGCAGGGCCAAACACCUCUAAAAGCUCGGCUUUUGAAAAGCCGAAAAGCGCUUUUGUAUAACAUAAAAGCAGAAGCUCCGAUUUGGAGCUUCUGCGAAAAGCUGUUUUGAAAAUACAAGAUUAUCCUUACCAUAUUUUUAUUUUAUUUCAGAAAAUAUAAUUUUUCUUCAUUUAUAUCAUUUUAAAAAUAAAAUAAAUUAUAAAAUCAUAUUAUUUAAUACAAAAGAAAUCUAACAAGAUCCAUUUUGACUACUUUUUAUUGUUUAUAAUUUUUAUUUAUAUUUUAUAUUAUAAGUUCUUUAUAGUCGUUUUACACAACCGCUUAUAUUAAAAAGUACUUCUAAUAGUUUUACAGCCAAACACUAAACUGCUUUUUUUGAAAAGUACUUAUCUAAAAGCUCCAGCCAGAAGCUGCUUCUACAAAAACUACAGCAGGGCCAAACUAAACUAUUAUGAACACCCUAAUUGAAAAGUUGCUCUGAAAUAAAAUUUUGGUUUGAGAAUAAACUCAAAUCUAAAAUAUGCUUCAGCGCUAAAUCACUAGCCUUCACUCUAUAAGAGGGCUGUAUCGUCCAUCUGCUAUUUAACAAUGUUGGCCAUGUCUUGUCUUUCCAUCCCUUUGUCCUAAUUGUAAUAUAUAAUUUUGGAAGGAAGCGAACUGUAGCCAAGGAGGAGCUCCUCCCCUGCGGACGUGUCUAGGUGAGUUCUUCCUUAUUUUCUUUGCUUAGUAUUUAAUUUGAAAGGGAUGUGUCAUUAUGAUUGGGUCCAUUGGAUUGGUAUAUAUUGUUAAUGUCCAGUAUACAUCUCGGUCAAACUGUUUAAUUUACAGCAUACACUCACAAAGAAAUAACACUCUAUUUCCAACCCUUUUAAAACCCGUUGCUUGGAGGAUGAUGCAUACAAUUUCCUCUUGCUCCUCAAGCUGGUGGAUUUUCUCUUUUGCUAGGUUAUUUAUUUAUUUAUUUUUCUCUCAUGUUCUAUUAUUUCUCGCAUUUCUUCUUUUAUUUCCUCCCUGGAUCAUAUUUUGUCCUUUUGAAUGCAGUCUGGCCAAGUCCUAGAUUGGAAUCAACAGUACGUUUUGAGUUUUUUUCCCUUUCAUUCUCGUUCUACAGCCAUUCCUCGUGAUGAUAGCUAGAAAUGGUGGUUGAUUGUUGUACUUGUGAUUGUGGUGUUGGGUUUUAGAUGGAUUGGAUGCUUGAUCGCCAGAGUUGUGUUGCACAGAGAUGGCGUCGGGUUUGUCGCCGUCAAUAAUCCUUUCAUCAUCAUCAUCAUCGAUUUGCACGGUAUGUUUUCCCCGUAUAAUGUCAAAUGGCCUCGAAUGGAAGGGAUCAAUUUGGAACGAGCCGUUGUUCUAAUUUAUAUCAUUGGGGUAAAGAAGAAUUAAGGUAAUGUGAAAUGUGCAACGACAAAAGGGAAGAGAAAGGAACAAAUCAUUUGGAGACUUUCCAAUGAUUUUUGCUUAUUAUUCUUUCUGAUCUCUUCUCUUGUGGACUAUCUAUAUUUUUCUUUUUCCUUUCUGGGAAUGAGGGGCUAGCUCGAAGUCAAGUUGAUAGUUCCAUCAGUUUCAAUUAUUCCUUGGAGGAUAUGUGGCUCUCAAAUUUGAUUGCGGAGGAGUUGUCAUCUUUGUUGUGCUCUGGAACCCGAUGCAUCCGAUAUCCUAAUACAGUUAUCGCCAGCCGCCAGGUCAUUGGUGGGAUAAGACGAUAGAUGUUAUAUCUUCGUCAAUGACGAGUUUUCUUCGGCUGGUGAAGCGUCUGUUGGUCGUAUACUUGAGGAGAUGGAGAUUGAUUUGAUUUUGUGGAAGAAACUAUCAAAGCCGUGUUUAGGGAACAAGAUGACGAAAUGACGUCGCAACCUCUUACUUCGAUCCUUAAAGUUUCUAAUUUAAAAAGACACAAAUCAGAUGUGGCUCUUGUUCGAUACAAUAUUCAUACAUGAAUAAUCCUAGCAAUCAAUCCUAGCAACGGAGUAUAAUCGGGUCGCAAGAUGAAUAUCGAGUUGGAAUAGCCAGGAUCUAAGUCAUUGAAUCUUCGUAUUGCACCAUUCACCGUUGGAAGUUGUGUUGAUAUUUACAACGAAGAUCGAUGGGGUGAAAGUAACAACAAAAUCAAGUAUGAAUGUCCCAAAUAUGACCCCCUAUGUACUUGUCCUCCUUUUUCUCUAUUGAACUGUGUUUCAUUUUUCAAAUCAGUUUUCCCAUCUCAAUGUUGUUUUCGCUGUGGAAAUUUGACUGAUUGUUUAGUUGCCGGGAAAAUUGAGUGAAAGAUCAGGAAGCUGUAAAAGAUAUUGAGUGUGAAUUUUAUAUGCUUCAUAGAGUAAUUGGUGAUACAGUUUGGUUGAUCAGGCUGUAUUGAAAGGGAGUUUUUGGGUUUCCGACAGUGGGAUUUUUAGGUUUUUUGUGGUGGUGACGGAGAUAAAUCAAAAUAAUAUUGUACUAUAUAUGUUUUUAUUUUUAAUUCACAGUAUUUGCUUCACAGUUAACAAUUAUACUUGUCUGUUAUAUAGGAUAAUUUUAAUGGAGUUGUACAACCCGUGACCAAUGAUGUAACGGGCUUCAACGAGAAUGAUUACAAGCAUGGGAAAAAAUGAGUCUCUCACACAAAAAAAUAAUUGAUAAACCAAGUGACCAAACUUGUAAUUUAGCCUGUUAGAAAAAUUCAACAUAAUGCUCGACUUUGUCUGCAUUUCUGUGAUGGUUCAAAAGUUCAAUACUUACAAAUAGUGAUAAAUUUUCAUGCGAAGCCAAAUAAUUGUGGCUUGAAUAUGUGAUAAAUUGAACUAUUUAGCAUAUAGUGUAUCCCAAGUUCUUCCUUUAUAUUUUUAUAUCAUCUUCAAGCACUUUUAUGGGAACCACGCUAGGGUGAUCAAACAACCACAUCCAUAUAUACAUGUUAACGCAUCUACUAUGCUUGGGUCGUUCUUCUCUAUUUUGUCUUCUUGUAUUCAAUAUGAAAGGGACACACACUAUGUUUGGGUCCCUAUAGUCGGUCUGCACUGUUGUUUUCCCGUACAUUCAUUAUUGUAGGCUUUUAAUGUCGUCUAGGUUAGCUCUUUUUUGUUUUGUCUGCUUGUACUCAAUACGAAAGAGACAUAUACUAUGCUUGGGUCCCUAUAGUUUGUGUAUACUGUUGAUGUGCAGUACAUGUAUUAUUGGAUACGUUUAAUGGCAUUGCAUGUGCUUGUACCACCAAAUAGCUGUCCAUUUUCAUUCCUAUAAAACAUUCCUGGCUUUGAAGAGGAUUCUCACAAUUCUAUAACUUGGCCAGAGCACCUUCAAAAGGCAAAAGACAAUCGACGGAGCGAAUAAAAAAAGAAACACCAUCAAUUAUAGGACACGAGAGCAGAAUAAUAAAAAAACCAGCAAGAGAGAAACACACGAGCUUGGGGAGCAAAAAUAAAUUGUAUGCAUCAUCUUCCAAAGCAACGAGCUUUAAAAGGUUGGAAAUAGAAUGCUAUUUCUUGGUCAAUGUAUGCAGUAAACUAAACUGUUUGAAAGAGACCAGCAUGCAUUGCCAAAUAUAUUAUUCUAAUUUCAUCUCAUUUCUCUCACAAUAGGAGUUCUCCAUAAUGAUGCUUGCUUGCUGCCACCAAAUGAACACCAUGUUGGUGAUGGAAAUGCGGGUAUACGACAAAAACAUAUUUUUAUUUUGGUCAUUACGUUCUCAUUACGUCAACGCAUCUACCUCUUGAAAAUAAAAUAUAGCUAUAUAAUGACAGUAAUAGUUCAAUACCAAGAACAAUAAUAGAAACCCCAAUAAUUCUCACUUUGUCGUGUCCAAUUUAAUGUACUUCAACUCUGGUUUGCUUGCAAACAGAACAGAAACUAGCCAACUAUUCCAUUCUAUUUCCACUUCCUCUCCUUGACAACAACUCAUGCAACUUGACAUAGGUUUAUUUGUAAUAUACUUGAUGAUAAAAAUUCUAGGUAUCUAAUCGCGACAGUCACAAAAUAAUACACGCACGCACGGACAUUGCUAUUCGUCGCCCUAAAAUACCUUAUUUGUCGCCCUAACUUUGAUUAAAAUGACUCAAAUAUCCUUAGGUCUUUCAAACCCGCCGCGGAACGGAAGCCGGAAGGGCUAAAAACCCGUCUCCGGCGAGUUGGGACUUGUCAGAACCUCGCAUCCCUUCAAGCUACCAUCACUAGCGGGUCAUCAGCCUCCCAUCGUUUACCUCGCGCCGACCAGUUGAAAUUUCCCGACGAAGAGCCUGUGGCGGGGUAGGAGAAAGGCUCUCCAUCUCUUCUCAGGAUGUUCGGGAGGAGCGCACCUAGCUGCGAACGACGGCGCUCUGUCUCUGUUCACGAUGUCAUAUGCGAUUGAUUUAGAUUCCACCAGACCACCGCAUCUCAUCUUGUCGGCGAUUUCAAUUAGAAAGGGUUUCGAUAUGGGUUUUUAGGAUUUCAAUUUUUGGGAUUUGGGGUUUUUAUUAGUGUUAUGGUUGUCGUUGUCAUUUUGAUUUUUGGGUUUCUAGAUUCACCCAUUCCAUUCACACUUCGAUUCAUGCAGCACUGCGAUUCAUCUCCUUCAAACAGAAGCAGAGUAGCUCGUUCCCAUAUCUGAAUCGCAACAAUCCCCGCCUUGCUGAUAUUCUCGGAGUCAUCGUAUAGAGCGAGGUCAUCAUUCCUACACUUCUUCUUCGUCUUCUUCCUCCUCCGGCUUCGACACUAGAAGAAGAUCACCAACGGCACUCAGGGUGAGGUGGCCAGCUGCCAGAGAGAAGAAUCCCACAGCGACAACAACGUCCGGGUUGAGGUCGGCGACGACUAAGCAGGGUUAAGGAAUUGUUUGUUUGGGGUCGGAGGGUGCGAUUGUCAAUUUAGUGCAUUUUAGGGCGAUAAAAUUUGAAUUUUAGGGCAAUGAAUAGCGAUUCAGCCAAGAAAGAAUUGCUUGACUAGGAAGUUUAUGCAUGAUUAUAUAUAGGAACUGUGAAUAUUAUCAAUAGGAAAAAAUUAUAAGGGAUUAAACAAAUAAUAAAUAAUUAAGUAGGAAAUAAUUAUGGAAAAUGAUGCAACAGAAGAUAAAAAUGAAAAGCGUUGAAAAGAUUAAUUGGGAGAAAUAAAAAAAUAAAUUAUGGGGAUAAUUAUAAAUGGAAUACAAAGAAAUAAUAAUAAUAAUAAUAAUAAAUAAGGGGGAAUACUUAUCUGAACCGUCGCUAUUGGUAUCCCCAGGAAGCGUAAUCGUCACACAACCGCGGAAUUGUAAUCGUCCGUGUUCUUCAACGUCGCCCCCCACUCACUUAUGCCCGACGUCAGCAAAGAUAUAUGGUGUUGGCGAUGAUAAACAGAGGAACAGUGAAUCGCAAUCUCGGCUCCUGAUAUCGGACGCGGUUGACAACCGUCAUCACGGCCUCCUGGCAGACCCGCUUAUGUUCAAAGACUUAAAAGCUAGGGCAUUAUUUUACGGUCGAACGGAAUGUUGGCCAUCAUUACGACCGGAACCACUGACAUGGAGGGGGCACAUCCGAAUUCCGCCGAUCAUUUUUGACCAAGUUGGUGGUCGGUUGUCGAUGCUUUUUUUACAAUUUUGCUUUACUUCUCCAUUAUAUAUGCACGAUUAUGGUUAGUUGUGUAACCGGAAUGGUAAUUGUCGUUGGAAAUCAUUCAGCGUGUCGUCGAUAGUAAUGUGUUGAUGUGUGCAGGAUUAUCUUCAUGAUGAAUUGAGCUUGAUGUUAGUAUUCUGUAGUUUUUUCUAAUUUUGAUUGUCAAAUUUAAGGUUUAUUUUUCCCGGAUUUCUUUUGAUAACAUGGACUCUAUUUAUAAAAGAAUAAGGGCUCGUUUGGAUAAUUGUUAUCUUUUUCUAGAUUGUAAACAAUCGAAAGGUUUUACUUCUUUGAAUUGUUGAAAAGACAUUGUUAACUGUGAUUGUUAACAUAAAGAAAAAAAAGAAAAAAUAUUUUUUUACACAUGACGUAGUCUUAACCAACAAAAUUACAGUGAUUCGAAAAAUUUUAACAACUAAUUAGUAAAGGUAUUCAGUGGGACAAAUAAAUAAAAAAGAUAUAAAGUAGGAUGAACAAAAAUCUCACAACCCAAUUUAUAGAAUAUCUCUAAGUAUAAGAGAUAUACAUCUUUAUAUUUUAGAGUCUCCUUGAUGAAAGGUAAACUAUGAUUAUGUCUGCUGACACUAUAAAUUUAUGCUUAAGAGUGUGAUUUAACAUGCAAUAACAUGUGAAUUUAUCUCUUCCACCUCUUCUAUUUUCUCCAAUUAGUAAAUCUAAUAAGACUGAGGUACAUCCUUUAUAAUUUGCUGUCAUUCAGAAAACUAUAUUGUCAUUGAAGUCAUGCACCAUUUAUUUGUUAUGGUAAUUAACAAAGAUAAAAAUUCAACUAUUGAUUACUUAAUUUUUAUUCAGGUGUCCACAUCUUAAGAAACUUGUACUACCAACGUGGAACCGAAUAAAAAGGACAAGCAUAUGCAAGGCCAUACGUUCAUGGAAAGAACUUGGAUCACUCACAAUGCCUAACAUAGCUAAUCCCCCGAAAUUUUAAUAAUUUAUUGUGUUUCUAUAUCUAAUUUGAAUGUAAAAUGGUUCGUACUUUGCAUAUAUACAUACAUACAUAUAUGUAUAUAUAUAUAUCAUUGCUUUUCAAUUAUUCUAACUAUUUGUUGUGUUUAUUUAUCAUUAUGAUAUAAAUCAAAAUGUUAACGUUGUUGUUUAUUGGAUCUGUAACUAAUUAUAAAUUAUACAUGAUGACUUAGAGUCGUUCACGCAUUCUCCGCAGCAGAGCGCGGGCUUAGUUGCUAGUUAGGGUGAAUUAGUAAGAUGAAGUGAAUAGGAUUCUCAACUCCUAUAAUUUCUGCUUGUUUUCUUUCCAUAGUCAACUAUUUUCGUUGUCCCCCCAUGUGUUAACUUCUUAUAGUGGUUUCUGUGCAGGAAACACCUAUUGAUGGUGACAUGGACUUAAUUGCAUGCAUUAGUUUUUUUGUUGAUAAUAACUAAGAUCCCAUGUUUUGUAAUUUAGUUUGGUUAUUCCAGAGUCCCAAACUAAGUAUAAAUGUCACUCGUGGUCAGGUUGUGUACACCCAGCCAUCAACUAGGCAACAAUACAAUACAAAUGAGCAGCAGCAGAGGGCCAUCACCGAUAGUCCCUUUACUUGUAGUGGGAGCCCUAGGAAUGGCGAUUCUUGGUCCUGGAGCCAUGACAGCAUUCGGCGUCUUGCUUUCAUGGUGUCUGCCCAUUUAUGGAGUCUACCAUGACCGAAGCUGGCAGAGACCAGGGUCGUCCAUGGCGUAUGACAGUGAAGGAUACAUUUUGGGCGCAUUGAUUCUGAUUCUCUUCUUCUUUGUGUUGUAUGCUCUAUUGAGCUGCUGGUAAGCAUUAACAUACUCCAAUGGGGUGGGUGGUUUUGCUGUUUUAGGCCUUUCCAUUUACGUUUCUUGUUUCCCAAGCUUCAAGGUUUGUUCGUGAAGCCCUUAAGCUCUUUGUUAGUUGGUGAGUAGGCCGGCAAGCUUUGGGGGUAUGUUUAGCUGUUAACUAAAAAUGUCCCCUGUUG